AUGGGCAGAGUCCAGGGGGCACAGAAGAGGAAUCCGGCCAAACUGAAGACGACGUCACAUGACAUGAGCUUAUCGGACUUCGGAAAGGAAUACAGAGAGUCUGUGAAAGAGAUGUUCCAGCGGAUUCAUGAAUAUAAUUCCCGUGGGGGAGAGGCUGUUAGUCUACAGGAAAGAUACACCAAGUUAUUAAUGAGGAAGGGACGCCAGAAGAAAGAGGAGAAAGAACAAGAACUAAGGAGUACAGACAGAGGACAUCUACAGAUCAUGGAGGAAAGAUCUUCUGAUAAAUACUCCCCAAUCACAAUCCAGGACCUCUUUGCCCCCGAUGAAGAUGGUUUCAUCCCUAACAUUGUGGUGUUACAAGGACCUGCUGGGAUUGGAAAAACAAUGACCUCCAAGAAGAUCAUGCUGGACUGGGCCUCUGGGAAUCUCUACCAAGACAAAUAUGACUUUGUGUUUUAUCUGAGCUGUAGAGAACUCAACACCAUCACUGGAAACAUAAACCUGGUGGGACUUUUAUCCACAAGCUGCAGACUGCCGUGUCCAGGUGACCUGGUGUCUAUUCUGAAGGAUCCUGGAAGUCAGAGAAAACUUCUCUUUCUAGUUGAUGGGUUUGAUGAACUGAGUUGGACUCUGGGGAAGGAAUCUGAGGUUUGUCAUGAUGUUUCUGAGGAAACUCACAAAGAAAUACUUCUCCAAAGCCUGCUCAGGAAACGGAUUCUCCAACGAUCUUCUCUGAUCAUCACCACGAGGUCCCUGGCCAUGAAGAAACUGAACACAUUGCUAGAUGAUUAUCGCUGUGUGGAAAUCCAGGGAUUUACAAGGGAAGAUCGGGAGGAAUAUGUCCAUAAAUUCUUUGGAUAUGCAGAAAAUGCAGACAAGGCUCUCCGUAUAAUAAGAGACAAUGAUAUUGUGUACACCAUGUGUGUUGUCCCCGUCACAUGCUGGAUUGUCUGCACUGUAAUACAACAAGAAAUGAAGAAAGAUUUGGCUUUAAUUCGAUGUAAAACAAUUACCUCCAUUUACCUCCUCUACCUGGAGGUUUUACUAACCCAUCACAGCAAGAAGGACCGGUGUGUGGAUGGGAGACCUCGGGACAUCAACAACUGUCUGAGGAAGCUGUGUGCUCUGGCCCAUGAGGGAGUUCUGAACCAGCAAAUCUUGUUUAAGGAAGAAGAUCUACAAAGACACGGACUGUCUCUGUGUGAGGUGGAGUCUGUGUUCCUGAACGAGAACAUCUUCCAUUGGGAAGUCCGCACCCAGACCUACUACAGCUUCAUCCACCUGAGUGUACAGGAGUUCUUGGCUGCUCUGUAUUAUGGGCUGGAUGGUGGUUCUGGAAAUGAAGAAACAAGGAUGGACCCUUUUCCUCUGAUAAUCAGUGAAGGGAAAUCACUAAGAGAAAUCUUUAUAGAACAUCCACAUUUAUCUUUAGCUGUACAAUUCCUGUUCGGUCUCCUGAAUGAAAAGUUGGUGAAAACAUUCUUAGAGGUCACACGGAUCAACAUCUCACUGCCAGCCAGAUCUGUGAUAGAAGAAUGGGCCAUGAAGGUCAUGAAUGGGGAAAUCAAUACUAAUGACAUUGUCUAUCUGUAUGAGACUCAGGAUGAGGACUUCAUAAGGAGAGUCAUGUCUCAGAGAUCAGAUUUGAAGGUGUCAAGGUCUUACAUCAGGAGGAAUGUGAGGAAUCAUGCCAUGCAGCUGGACUAUUGCUUGAAGACUUUGAAGGGUGAAAGUUUUCUGUCAUUAUAUUUUAUGGACCUCACACUGGAUGCCGAGUGCCAGAAAUCGUUAUCUCUGUUUGUACACAGGAGUCGGGGUAUUCUGUUUAUGUGGUGUAAAUUUCAGAGACGGUAUGGUGAAGAUGAAGACUCCUCCUCCGGAGAUGAUGAAGGCUCCUCCUCCUCAGGAGAUGAUGAAGGCUCCUCCUCCUCAGGAGAUGAUGAAGGCUCCUCCUCCUCAGGACAUGGUGAAGGCUCCUCCUCCUCAGCACAUGAUGAAGGCUCCUCCUCCUCAGGACAUGAGAUGGUUCCUGAUAUUCUUUCCUAUCUGAGGAACCCGAAGAGUGAAAUUGAGAUAUUAGAUUUGGAUGGUUGUGGUUUAUCUUCCUCGUCCUGCGAUGUUCUCCGAUCAAUACUUAUCACUAAUCGAUCUCUCAUCGGCCUGUAUUUAUCAUAUGAUAAUCUGCAGGACUCUGGAAUAAAACUUCUGUGUGAGGGUCUCCGACAUCCAGACUGUACCCUGCAGAAGCUGAUGUGA